AUGGCCUUUCAGUCUGCGGCGUGUGCGUUUGAUGCCGAGUUUCCAGGACGGUGCUGCUCAGUGGGCGGGGGCUGGGCGAGGAGGAGCGCACAGCCCCCGUCCACACCACGUGCCUCCAUAGAGCAGGUGAAGAAGGACUCCUGGGUCCCCAGGAGUAGCUCUAUCUUCAGAAAGCCUAGCCUGGUCCAGGGGCGGUUGGAGAGCAACAAUUGCGAGUGGUUCGCAGCCGCCUUGGGCCACCUGGAAUGGUUGCGGUUCUGUCUGAAUCCGGACCUUGAGGGAAUCCUCACCGAUAACAAGGGUUUCACUGCCAUCCACUUUGCAGCCCAAAAAGGCAAGCUCGAAUGCCUGCAGGUCUUGGUGGAGGAGUACCAGUUUCCCGUGGACCUGCCCACCAAAAAUGGCCAGACGCCCCUGCACCUCGUCAUCCACAAGGAGAACAAGAACACGGUCCUCCCCUGCGUUCACUAUCUGCUUCAGCACGGGGCAGCCCUCAACACUCAGACACGCAAUGGCUCCACACCGCUGCACCUGGCAGCCCGGGAGGGCCUGCUGAGCUGUGUCAAGCUCCUGGUGGAGAAUGGCGCCAAUGUCCAUGCCCGAGAUGCCAUAGGCUGCAAGCCCAUCGACUAUUGCAAAAUAUGGAACCACCGCGUCUGUGCUCGGUUCUUGAAGGAUGCCAUGUGGAAACGGGACAAGAAGGACUUUGCCUGUGAGAUGGGGAAGCUGAAGGGGCUCAAAGGCCAGCUGGCCCUCAUGGAGCGGUACUACCAGACUGAGUGCCAGGAAGAACAAGAACUUCUGAGACAAGCUGAUUUCAAGAAGUGGCUCCAUCACAAGCCACUGCCUCGAGGCCGGUCUCUGAUCCACAGCAUUGAGCAAGAGCCCCAAGCCCCUCCCUGGGCCAUCCCCAUCUCCAAGACCCCCAAGCUGUCCAAGCACUUCCACCCCUCCCCAGAAGAGCACCUGCAACAGACACCACAGCGCAAGCUGCAGCCCUCGGUGACAUCCAUACCCCACUACAUGCAUCCCACAGUUAGGCAGCCCAAGCCGUGGAAUAUUAGCAACAACCCUGCCAGAUCCCCCACCGCCCAGAUCGGCUCCCCACAGGGCAUCCGCCUGGGUGUGCAUCCAGACCCCAGCCUGGAGCACGACUUCCGCGGAUUCCUCAAGAUCAGGUCUGAUGGGCAAGGUGGUGCGCACUUGCGCACUGUGACUGGCAAGGAGGUGGCCCCUGUGCCUCGGCUGCCUUUGGAGGUGAUAGUCCGUGAGCUGUACCCUCAUGUGCGGCCGUGCAGGAUGAAGGUGCCCCAGGGCUUCCACUCUGUCAGCAUAAAGGACGUGGACCGGAAGCGGUACUUGGGCGACAACACCUUCUGGACCGACACUCUGGCCAUGAACUUACGUGAAACAUUUGACGAAGCCUUCCUGGCAACAGUGCAAGCC